AAUACCGCCGGGCUUCUUGUUUACAUUGACGAGAUUUGUAUAAAAUGUUGGCGAUUAUGACAUUUUAACGCAGUUUCUGGAUAUGAGAGGUUCUUGGCUGUUAUAUCAAAAGUCGGACUACACGAUCAGGCACUCUGGCAAACAUAUUGCGCACUUUUUAGCGCCGUGCUCGUGUGCUGGAGACACUGAUGUCUUCAUUGGACUCCUUUCAGUUGGAGAUGGUGGCUAUCUCUCGGAUUUCCAACGUGGAAACGUAGCAUCCAAUUAAUCAGCGGCAGCAACUGUACCCCCAAGGCGCAGUGGCACUUGGUCCGCUCUGUUCAGCACCUACCUUUGGACUCUGAAGUGUGAAAAGACGCGUGGAUGGUCGGUGUGCUGAGUCCGAAUAUGAAAAACAUAGCUGGUGCGUUACUGCAGCCUUUUUUCUCCCGCUUGGACACAAACUGAAAUUGAACUCGCUUGAAGGAAAUUUUCGUGCUGGGGUUGUUGAAAUGAUUCACGCAGCGGAAUCAGCUGGGAACAUCAAAUGAGUGGCGUUUUCUGUUUGGAUUUUUACCACUAAAAGCCGAGCUAGUUUCAGGUCUGCAUGGGCCAUAUUUAAGCUUUCUUCAUAGGAACUGAGUCUAAGAUGAAGUUAUGGGAUGUUUUGGCCAUGUGUUUGUUGCUCCUGAGCUCUGUUGCUACAAGGCCUCUCUACCAAAACACUCAGCCAGCCAAGAGGACUUAUUUCCCCAGCAGCUAUAGUGAUUCUGUGCCCUUGCCUUCUUUGGAGGACGAAGCGCCAUCGUUUGAGCGUGAAGACCACCGACUGCAGGAGAUCUCAAAGGAGAAUCAGUAUGACAUUGGAGGUCCCUAUCCAGAUCAGUUUGAUGACGUAAUGGAUUUUAUUGAGGCUACCAUUGGCAGACUCCGGAGAUCUUCGGAAACCAGCGGCGGUUCCAGGGGAAAGAAGGAGCAGAGAAAGAGAGGAGCGGCAAACACAGGAGGCGCGAGAGAGGAGGGCAGAGGACACGGCGACAGGAGGCGGAAUAGGGGCCGAGGGGGGAGUAGAAAUGGCAAAAGAGGACGAGGUGAGAAAGGGAAGGAGAAAGAGAGUAUAUCUGUGCAGACGCGGGGGUGCUUGCUAAAGGAAGUUCACCUCAAUGUGACGGAUUUGGGGCUGGGCUAUCAGACUAAAGAGGAGCUGAUCUUCCGGUACUGUAGCGGCCCCUGUAUUGAGGCAGAGACCAACUACGACAAGAUCCUGAACAACCUCACGCACAACAAAAAGCUGGACAAGGAUACACCCUCUCGCACCUGCUGCCGGCCGAUCGCGUUUGACGACGACCUGUCUUUUUUGGACGACAAUGUGGUGUAUCACACGCUGAAGAAGCAUUCUGCCCGGAAGUGUGGGUGUGUUUAAAGAAGUCACAUGAGCGGCAUGUAGCAGACUAAGGAUAUCCUUUACAAGCUCGUGCUGGAGAGGGACAUGUGUACACAAGGUCAAAUUGGGAGUGUUUGUCUCCUUUUUGUUGUUGUUGUUUUUGUCAGUAGUCAUCAAAGGAGGAGCAGGUAGGUGUACUGAGACCGCCUGAAAGACACUGGAACAGCCGCUUGAAAGGAAACUGUGCGUUUAUCCGAUACUCGACUGUUCAAACACGUGCAAAACAAAAUGUAUCAGGUGUGCACCAGUUUGCAGAAGAUUAAAUACUGUUACACUUUCAGAUUUGCCAACUGUGCUAUCUAAAAAGGGUGAGAGUAGAAGAAACAUCAGUUGUUUUGUUUUUUCCACAGCUGGCUCUUUAGACUGUAGAUGAAUCCAGAGAUUUGACGAGCUUCAGUUGCAAUCGAAACACUUCCAGCCUGGAUGUUGGCAUUUACAUUCAGAGCCAAGGAACCCCAUCGGAGUUAAGCAAAGACUUUUUUUCUUCUUUUUUUGUGCAACACAUCUACAUAAAACCCAACCUAUAUGCAUACAUAUAGUAUAUACGUGUGUCAGAGGUAUAUUUAUUAAGAUGGAAUUAACUUAUUGUUAUUUAUUUCAAUCCAU